AUGAAACUUCCGAAGGCCGGUCGCUACGAGAGCGAGGGGUUGUGCCUCGAAUGCCCACGCGACCACUUCUGCCCAGGCGGGAGCGCGAAGCUACCGUGCCCAGCAAAUUCUGCCACAAUCACUGACAACGUGGGCGGCAGCAGCAUUGUCGACUGCAUCUGCAUGCCAGGGUACUCUGGAGGACGAGCAGCCGACGCGCAGCAUUGCGUCGCCUGCGGCCGUGGAUUCUUCAAGCCCAACAUCGGAAACGAGGACUGCAACCAGAGAUGUCCGGCAAAUGCAGACAGCAAGCCUGGUGCUGCGAACCGGAGCAGCUGCUUUUGCACCGCUGGCAGCCAUGCCUUGCUGGCAGUGAACAAUGGCUCAGAGCAGCUGGAGGUUUGCGCCAGCUGCACCUACCGUGGUUUGACGUGCUUCGGAGGCUUCGACAGCAGUGGAGCGCAUAAUCAGCCCGUGGCAGAGCCGGGCUUCUUCCAGACAGGGCAGAUUCUGGCGGCGAAGUGCGAGGUGAACCUCGUGGAUGGCACUUCUGUCUGCUUGGGAGGAAAUGUGUGU